GAGAGACAGAGAGAGAGAGAGAGAGAGCAGUCAUGGAAAUCCUUCAUUACCCCCACCCCACUCCAUUACCCCACUCUCAUUCUGCCCAACCUUCUCACACUGAUAGUGAAGUGAACCGGCAGAAGCAGAGCACACAGGGCCACUGAUUACGGCCACGGUUCCAGUGAUGGGACGAGAAGACUGAGCGUGAUCAGAGAGGCGCACAUUCAGACGAAUACUGGCAAAAUGGUGGCAGAAGAAGUAGUGGUCACCCUCUCAGGUGGAGCCCCUUGGGGGUUUCGACUGCAAGGAGGAAUAGAGCAGAAGCAACCCCUUCAAGUGUCUAAGGUAAGGAAGCGCAGUAAGGCUUGCCGAGCAGGUCUUCGGGAGGCUGAUGAACUGGUGUCGAUUAAUGAUGUGCUGUGUGGUGAACUGUCUCAUGCUGAGGCCAUGAAUCUGAUCGACAGUGGCCGGGGAACCCUUCAUUUACGGAUUAAAAGGGCCCCUGUGGGGUUCCCAUCAGUAGUCCUACUGGAUCGAGCCCCCUCUCCUCGCAUUGAUAAAGAAUACCGAGCAGCACUCAGAGCUUUAUCUCCUCCAGUGUCCUCGAAAGUGUCAUCUGUCCAUAGAGGAUCACUCAUGUCACCCACCAAUGGUCCAGAAUUUCUGAGAUCCCCUCCUGAUAGUGAAGCAUAUUAUGGUGAGACGGACAGUGAUGCAGAUGUUGCAGCUCAGGACAGACAGCGCAAGCAGAAGCGUCGCAGUCCCAGCAGCUCCCCAGCCAAAGCCCUUGGCCGAAGCUCACCCCUUCAGGAUGACAACUCUGAGAUGAGUGGCUGUGAGAGCACAUCUGAUAUGUCUGCAUACUCCCAGACUCCAUCCUGGGCCAUUCCUAAUGGCACACAUGAGGGGGCGGGGCUUCCGCAGCAGAAGAGUUUACCUGGAGUGGCACGAAGAGAGGUGGUGUACCAGCCAAACGGGGUGGAGUGGUCUCUUCAGGCUGAGCACUCUUCUGAGAAUUCUGAUCAAAACCCAUCAGGUGCUGUAGAGAUGGAUAAUGGAUUCCAGGAACCCCCUACAGUUCCACUUGUAUCCCCAAUGCGGGCCAAAGAGGCACUCAUGCGCAAAUCCUACACACAGCUGGUGCCAAUGGUGGGUCCUGUGGAUAACCCUGUAGAUGAAGAGCUCACCAUGACAUAUAUGGAUAAAGCCAAGGAAGCCAAACUGCACAGAAGUGAGAGCGUACAGGACAAGCAGGUGAAGGAGGCUCGAUCCAAGUGUCGCACCAUUGCGUCUUUGCUGACAGACGCUCCGAACCCUCACUCUAAAGGUGUGCUUAUGUUCAAAAAGCGCCGGCAGAGGGCUAAAAAAUACACACUCACCUGCUUUGGCAGUGUUGACACUGACACCUGCAGCAACACAGACGGCGAGACGGAGGACGAGAGCCUUUUCCUUGGCAGUGAGUCAGAGAUUGACGAGGACAGCCUUUCUGCAGCACCAGACCCUACCUGGGACAGUGGCUACCUGGACGUUUUAGAGAGGAGGACAUCGGCAUGUGUGCUGUCUGAUGGGGAGGCAGAGGGUAGCCUGGGCUUGAGUGACACUUCAGGGAGAGGGGCACAGCUCUUUGAGCAGCAGAGGAAGAAGGCUGAGAAACAUAUACCAACACCUAUUACUCCUACACCGACCCCCAUGCCCCAGCAGCAGCCUGACACCAUGCUGACCUACACGUCUGUUACUCCAAUGACCCCAAUCUCCUCCCACAAUACCAGCAUGGUGAAUGGGGAGCCUGUGGUGGUGAGCAGAACCAGCUUAGUGUUGUCUUCACCAGGCCAGACUCCCAUGCCCACUAUGUCAGGAGCCUUUCCAGAGCAGUCAGAUGCUUCCUCUGGAAGCUCAGUUCUCAACAGAACUGCAAGGCCUUUUGCCCCAGGCUGUGUCAGCCAAAGAGCUGCAACAGCCCCAGUUGCCUUCAAGCCCAAUACCGCCAAGAAAACAUCACUUCAGGCCCAAGCAGUGUCUGUGGCAACAGUACCAGCUUCUUUCUCUCCUAUUGGCUCUGAUGGGAAGAGAGCAAUUGCCAGUACAUCCCUGUACAUCCCCCUAAGACCAUCCACUGUCAGUGUCCCCGCCUCUGUCUUGUCUCCAUCCUCCUCUGUAGCCUCUGCCCCAUUUUCUGCUGCUUCUUUAAAUGCUACACCUUUUGCACAACAGAGUUCAGGCAUGCCUGCUUAUCACUCUCCUCCAGCUGCCCCUACUCCAACAUCUAACUUAGCUCCAGCUAUGAGUUCCCAGUCUUUUUCUUCACAACCAACACAAAACAUGUCCUUUAGCCCAUCGCCUGUCAUGGCUCAACCUCCACCACCACCCUCUGUGUCAUCACAGUCAUAUUUAUCCACGUAUACCCCUAGCCCAUCCCUUCCCCAUGUCCCAGCCCCAACCCCUGUUCAAGUACCUGCACCGGCCUCUCAGGGCCCAAACAUGCAACCACCACCAUCACCUCACAAAGUUUCUUUCAACCCAUAUAUCUCAGUGGCAACCACAACAUCUGGAACAACAGAGUCUCCCAUAGUCCAUCAGUAUCCCCUUUCCAAUACGAGUACAGGAAUUUCUUCUCGAGAGCAGCGUAUCUCUGUACCUGCUGUCCGAACAGGCAUCUUGCAGGAAGCCCGCCGCCGUGGCACUAAGAAGCCUAUGUUCAAUAAAACUGAAGAGAAGAAACCUGUGUCCUACAACCCUGAACUGCUGUCUCUAGUGCAGAACCUGGAUGAGAGGUCCCGUUCCGGGGCAGAGCCAGGAUUUGAGUCAGGUCCAGAGGAAGAUCACCUCAACCUGGGUGCUGAGGCUUGCAACUUCAUGCAGGCUCAAAGGAGCAAGAUACCUCCCCUGGUCGCUCCUAAGCCAUCAAACAGUACAAUUGAUAUCCCCCAGAUGGGAGGAAAAGGAGCAGAUCUGUUUGCUCGUCGACAGAGUCGAAUGGAUCGCUAUGUGGUGGACAAACAACCAAAGUCUCCAGCCAAGCCACGAGAUCCCUCGCCCACUCCAUCUCUUCCAGCUCACUGGAAAUAUUCCUCCAAUGUUCGUGCCCCUCCACCUAUCAGCUACAACCCAUUGCUGUCCCCCUCCUGCCCCCCAGUGGCCCAACGAGGUGGUAAGGCCAAUGAGGCUGCAAGAAGUGGAAUAAAGACAAACCCUGGUCAGCACAAACAAGGCAUCAAAGCUCUGGACUUCUUAAGCAGACAGCCAUAUCAGCUCAAUUCCUCCUUGUUCAGUUAUGGUGGAGGAGUUCCCCAGACUAUCACCACCUAUCAACAACAGCAGCAGCAGCCAUCAAUGGCAAAUGGAGUUGGGCUAGUCGGCACAACCUUAAACUCACCGAAACAAGUGCCUGUCAAAGCACCACGCAUAUAUGAGAUCAAGCGCUUUUCCACUCCCACACCAAUGUCAGCACCCACAGCCCUGAACCCCACUGUGAUUGUACCACGCUCUGCCACCACUCUGGCUGAGCCCCUGUGGCGUUCUGACAUUGCUUCACCUCCUCCUGUUACUCCACGAUCUGCUGCACCCUUCUCCCCACCACCUCCUCCCCCUACAGGGGCCCUACCAGCACUUCCCAUCCUUUCCACUGCCCCUGUACCCAAUCCAAUGCCUAUCCCAGGACCUGUUCCCUUGCAAGCCAAUGCACCUUUCCAGGCAGCCAAACAGUUUAAAAGCGCUCCGGCUCUGAGUCCCCUCUCCCCAAGUGGUAUGCGCUCGGCAGUGUCUGCAAGUAGCCAAAAUCUGCAAGCACCUAGACCACGCUUUAGCACCUCUAGUAUGGGGCUGCAGCCCAAUGUGUGGAGGCCAGGCUCCAUGCUCUACUAAGCAAUAGACUGUCAUAAAAACCACCACCAACCGCAUCAGAGACCCUGCCUGAAGCGGAUGUAUUACACUUCAUUUUGGUUGUGAAUCAUUUACCAGAACAGUAGGAGCAAGUCACCGAUUACAUGAUUUAUUCAGAACAUGAUUUAUUUGUCAAACAUUUGUACAUCACUUUAAAUAGCUGCAGCUGUGAUCUGCAAAUUUCCUGUCCUUUCACUUGUUAUUAAAUUUAUGAAUGUGUGAUGCACAAAAAAUUAUGUAUAAUGGUAAUACUUGGAUAUUUUUCAGCUAAAUAACAACAAAAUGCUCUAAAGGUAUUUUAUUAACUGGAUCUAUCAGGAGAAGGAACUACCAGGGACAUUGUUUAAGCCGUCGAAAAAGGCAGCACUAGAAAAAAAAAGACUGAUAGUUUGAAAAGAGGGAUGGAACUUUGAAAGAUGAAGAUGAAAAUAAAGACAGAUGAAAAUGUGCAGCUCUCAGUGUCAAGAGCUGUGGACUGUCAGUGACUGACUCAAGGACUUGUCAUCGGAUGUUAUAAAGAAUGUGGAUAUAUUUGAAGCAGUGAUGGACAGCAAGACACAGUUAUUGUGACAAAAGCGAUAUAGGAAAGAUGCUUGAAGGAUUCUGUGUGGAAACAUGAUUGACAUCCUCACCAGGAGAGAUGGUACAAACCAAAGUUACUCAUAUCUGGAUACAAAUCAGUGUGGCUUCUUGAUGCAUGUGCACAUCUGCGUCUGUUGCUGAUUCAGCCUGCCGAUCGCUUGUCGCUGCCUUCUUCUACAAUCUGCAAUGCAUGUGAAUCCACCUGUGAGGAGUUGAGAUGAUUGCAUGACAAGAUGGGAAAAAAACCAUUGUGUCAUUUUUAAACACCAACUGAAUGUUGCAUCUUUUUCAGUUUUGCUGCUUUGGCUUUUAUUAUCGCUCAUGCUUUUGCUUUUUUAUUCUUGUGUGUAUUUUUGCAUCUCAAAUAUUUUUUUCACGUGUGAAUGAACUUAGUUUUUCUGAAAUUGUCCAAAUGUGUAAAAAAUUAUAUAUGUAGAUACGAAGAAAAAAGGUAGUAAACUGUAGAAAAAAGGUAGUAAACUGUACAUUUCCUUGUCCCUGGGGUGGUACCCUCAAGCAUACAUCUUUUGCUUGGAAUAGUGCAUGUAUUGUACCUUUAAAUCUUUACUCUAAAAAAUAAUUACAGGUAAAAGAGUAGUCCUUAAGGUCCAAAUAUGUGCCUUAAACCAUUUUUAAAGUUAGGUUUUUAAAGUGCUUUGACAUUACCAUGUAAUGUAUUCAUACCCCAGUGACAUAGAUAGGUAUAGCUUAGUACCUUUGUCUGACUGUAUAGACUGUAGCAUAACAAGCACUAUAGUCAACUAAAAUCAAAUUUUGUGGUUGGUGCCAUUUCUCCUCUGAGGUUUGGUAGUUGGUUGUUGGCUAUAUUGUUGAGAGUAUCCAUAGUAGUAGUCCCUCCUUUUUUAUUUUGGCUUGUAGGGCACAGACAAUGGUGUGUUUGUGUCUUACAAUCCAAGAUAAGAUGUUUUAAGAUGUUAAUUUUCCUAUUGUAUUAUCUGCCUUUAGUUUUCUUUUAAAAUAUGCAUUAAAGGUAAAUAUUUGCUUUGUUAUAAUGACAUAACAACAGCUUUCGCUAUGAAUAAAACACAGCAAGACAGGUAGUAGCUUGUUUAACAGAAAUACGAAAGCUCUGGAUAUUGUAUUCUGUGUCUGGCCAGAUGGCAACUGCUUUCUUGAUUAGAUGAGACACUAAAACUAUAGCAGAGCAAUAAAAUAAAACAAAAAAUUA